GGAGCAGAACUAAGUUGGACGAUUUGAUUAUAUUAGCUGAGGAUCGAUCGUCCGAGAUAGAGGAAAAUCGGAGCGAAUCACGAACAAGAUCGAGCAACUCCGUCGAUCUGACGAUCAACUCUGCGAAAGGAAUUAACAUAACGGAUCGCUAUGAAAUCGACGAAGACGCCUUAACACCGGAUGCCUUUCCCGUUGGUACCUCCCAAACAUACAUCGGCCUAGUCAGCGGCGUACUGACAGUGUUUGUCCUUUUUCUAACGUGUACGGCGUUUCUGAUCAAGCAAAGAGGCCGCAACAAAGUGGCCUUGCUGCAAAAGCACACGGCCCUGCUCUGUGACUCGUCCGCACCGGGCAUUGCAAUCUCCCCGAAGGACGUUAAACUCUCGAAUUCGAUCGUGACCGGAUUGUCCCUGAUUCGCAAACCCAUCCUAAUCGCCCCGGCUGACAACUUGCCCGAUCGAUCCAACACAAAUCUCCAAACCGAUUCCAAAACUGCUAUCGUCGACUCUCGCCUCGAUGAUUCCGACACGUGUCGUCCCACCUUGUACGAGAGAACGUACAAUCUCUUCUCCGAAGAGAACCUCGUGCUCUGCCCAAAAUCAAACGCAUCGUCCACUUGUACAGCCGAAUCAUGCCCCGAUUUCAAGCGCAAGUCGAACUUCGCGACAAACAAGUAUACGGAAAUGUCCAUGCCAACUAGCACGACAUAUUCGACGAAAAAAGCGUUUCACCUUCAGUCGAGAAAUACGAAUCAUCAGAGGAUCUACGAAGGAUACUAUGCUGCGACAGACAUUUUAACAAUCAAGAAAAGGGAGAUUCCGUCGAGUCAGAGUCCGUUCACGCCGCUACAAAUUCGCGAGAAAACGGUAUGCUUGCCGAGUGGCAUUGAUUCCUACGACAUUCAGCGUGUCUCCAGACACAGAUUAAGAAUUUUGGACAAGCUUGGAGAGGGGAAUUUCGGCUUGAUUCAUCUGUGCGAAGCAAAGGGGAUCAUGAAUCCAGAAGUGGAGGCGACCCAAAAUAAUCGACAAACCGUAAUUGUCAGAUCUCUGUGGCGUGGCGUUGUAGAUUCGUUAAGGUUAGAUUUCACGAAAGACAUGCACGUUUUGGCGAUGCUUCGAGACUCGAACGUAGCAAAGAUGAUUGCCUUGGUAGAAGAAGAACCGUUCGGCGCUGUUUUCGAGUACGGCCAGUUCGGCGAUCUUCCGAGCUUUCUGGAAAACCACGGUGGCGGCGGCGACCUAGUCAACAAGAUCGACAUCGGCUACAGCAACCACUUGAGCUUCGUCACUCAAAUUGCAUCUGGCAUGAAGUAUCUGGAAUCCGUGAACAUUGCACACUGUGAUUUAGCAGCCAGAAAUUGCAUCGUUGGCCAAGACUUGAGUAUAAAAGUGUCGGAUCAUGCCAUAUACUGUAAUAAAUAUGACCAUCAUUACUUCGUCGACGGACACAAUGUAAAAAUUCCUCUUCGUUGGAUGGCGUGGGAAGCAGUUUUAUUGGGUAAACGCAGUUGUCGAGCUGACGUUUGGUCAUUCGCUGCAACAGUUUGGGAAAUUUUUCUAAAUUGCAAGGAGAUACCGUACGCGGAUUUAACAGUGGCACAGGUUUUCGAAAAUUGUGGCCACUGCUAUCAAAGCGAAACGUAUUGCGCCGAUAAUCGGCGAUACGGCGACCACAACGACAACGACAACGACAACGACAACGACAACGACGACGACGACGACGAGAAAAGUCAACGGCGAAUUCUUUCGCGACCGGAUCAUUGUCCGGACGAUCUUUACAACGUAAUGAAGAAAUGUUGGAGCACACGGAUCGAGGACAGACCGAACUUUGAGGAAAUUCACCAAUACCUCGAGAGAUUAGCCCUCGAUUGAGAGAUCGUUCGAGAUACUCGUGAUCGAGUAGCACGGACCAAACGGUUACAAUCAGCCACGGAGCAUCCUGUACGUAAAUUUUAGCUUUUCACGCCGAUUCACUACUCUACGUCAUACAUUUCUCCCGUUAAUUUCUUCCCUCAUACUCCUGCCAGUGUAUAUCAUCAGUCCAUCUUGAAGAUAUCAUUCGCUUUCGUUUUCGUAUCGCGUAGCUUGUAAAAAUUGUUCCUUUCUUCCGUUACAAAUACUAUCGGUGAUUGUUUCGGGAUGCCCUGGCCAUUAACUUUUAAUGCUCAAUUAGGUUUAUGUGUGAAUCAACUUUUGCGCAUGUAGAAACAAAUACACACGCAUGCAUUGAGUGUACAAGAGAGAAAGAGCGAGCGAGCGAGCGAGCGAGUGUGAGAGAGAGAGAGAGAGAGAGAGAGAGAGAGACGCGGACAAUUUCUGCAAUUGAGAAAAAAAAAGAAAAAAAAACUUCAUAAUAAGAAAUCAUAUUGUCUUGUCCUUCAAUCAACUGUAAAUGAUAGGUUGUAAUAUGCGAAACAGUUGCUACUUCAACGUUGUAAUCGUGAUUCUUUACUUACGAAUACUCCAACGGCAAAACAAAUUAGGCGACGCAAUUCGAACGUCUAAUACCUCAAGCUUGUUUAGCGUCCGAUGAUAGUAUCGCGAUAAUGCUGCUCACUCUGAACGUACGACAAACACAUUGCGUUGCACAAACAAAGUAAAUAAGAUUUAUCGGUUUGGAAGAAAGAGAAACGAAACGAGCAGCGUGUAUGUACAGUAGUCUCCGCUUAAGCGCCCGCAGUCGGCAAACCGGAGAGGUGUAUUUUGCGAAUUGUGCCAAAACAUUAGGUAUAUCAGGUACGUCAUUCGCUUUGUAUCGUGCAAAUGCAAUGUCGCACGGUAAGAUAAUCCCAAUUCCAAAUUGAACGGACGCUCGAGUGGGGACUACUGUGCUCGAGCAAACGUGCCAUCCUGCAUUUUUCGACAGUUAGGUUAGUACUUACUUUUCCAACGAGACAAUUUAGAGAGAAAAAAAAAAAAAAAGAAAAAAAAAAGAAAGGAACGAGA